UAUAAGAUAUAAUUCCAGGAUGGAUUAAAUUGAGUCCAUGACAUACUAUAAAAAGGUAAAUCAUGGAGACAGAAGAAAUAUCUUCUGUUAAUUCUAAUGGGUCUGCACCUGGGGUUGAUCAAAUUCUGGUACUAGAAACAUCUCAACAACAAUCAAUUGUUGAGAAAUGCCAGGGUACCCAAUGGGUAUCAGAGGUAGAGGUUACUACAGAACAACCAAAUCAAAUGAAAAUCAUUGGUCAACACAAUGAGUCUUUGGGGAAUAUUUCUCUAUCACAUGAACAACUUAUGUCCAUACUCGCUAAUAAGACUGAUGGAGGCAUUGUCACUCUCCACUUUCAAAAUGAGGAUGGAGCAGUUAAUCCAGUUCAACUCCAAAUUGUACCAGAGGAUCAAGUUUUUCAAUCCACUGGCAAUCAAGAUCAGAGUAAAUCUAAUGGAAAUUCUAUUCCUGAAAGUACAAGCUCAAUGAUUCCAGAUGGAGAAUCAAAAAUAACUCCAGUUCUGCAAAUGUCUCAGCCAGAGCUGCAAGAUUUAACAAAGGAUUGUGGUCAGAAAAUAAAAUCAAUUGUUUUUAAACAAAUAAAAAAGGUUCAAGAAAAAACAAACUGCAUAACAGAGAAUCCAAAUUUACAAAAGCUUAUCAGACGCAAGACCUACGUGGAUUUAAAAGACCAUGAAAUAAUGAUACCAUUAACAAAUAUCAACAAAUCAGUACAUCAAUACAAAUGUAACAGAUGCGGGAAGGGUUUCACAACAUCUGGUAAUUUAAAGCGCCAUAUCUUAAAUAUUCACAUGGAAGACAAAUCAGGAACCAGUGAAAUAAAGUUUUGUCAAUACUGUCACAAAACGUACUCUCGUCAAGACUAUUUGACACAACACAUUAAGUCUGUACACGAGAAAGCUAACAAAUACCAGUGUGAACAAUGUGGUAAAACAUUCACACAAAAGGGCUCUUUAACACGCCACGUGACUUCAGUUCACCAAAACAUCAGAGAGUUUUGUUGCAAGCAUUGCAAUUAUCAGGCAAUCUCUUACAAUGAUUUGAAGAAGCAUGCUGCUAACGCCCAUUUCAAUAGAGCGAGGUACGAGUGUUCUAUUUGCGGGCACGGUUCAUGGUGUGCCUCCAUUAUUAAGCAGCACAUCAUAUCCCUUCACACAGUAAACGCAAAGACACAGUCUAGGAAGUGUAAGUUUUGUGGUGUCGUGAUCAACCUGUCAAACGAGUCAUUUCCGUUGCACGUGGCAGCCUGUAAAACUAUGAGCAAUAAUGAUGAGUCUGGAAAGAAAAAACGGAGGAAAACCAAAACUUCCCGGGACAAUGAUGAAAAAACAGAAUUUCAACCAAAAGUGUUGAAUGAGGAUAUACCUUGGGAGGCUCUGUGUAAUCUAACAGAGGAUAUUCCUAUGGAGACACCGCUAGUGAGAGAUGAUACUGACACCUCACCUCCCUUACCUUUACAAGAGACAGGUGGCGGAUCUGCUGGUGGCAGUGCUGAGUCACAUGGUGAUGUAGUAGACUCUGUUAUUGAAGGCUACAUCAAAGUGCUGCAAGAUACUGGCAAUGAUACCUGAUUCAUCAGCUAUUCAUCAGAUCUUGGAGUCUAUAGUCAGCUUUGAAUUAAUUAGUUUCAUUAGGCUGAUAAUGAUUUCGAUUUUGUUAUAUCAAUAGCGAUUUUGUUAGUGAUAUAAUUGCUAUUUACUAAGAUUUGUAUGUAAAUUUACUAACCUGACCUAGGUAAAAUUAAGAAUUGUUUGUUGUACAAGUGUGGAAAUUUAAUGCAUUUCAAAUAUUUAUAUUACAUUAUUAAAAUAUUAAAUUAAGCAUCGACAUGAAAGAGAAAAAGUACAACUGCAAGCGUCAGAUUUGUUGUUUGAUACAGUAACAUCAAACAAAAAAAUUUUUGGUGGCAGAUCUCCUCGCUUUAUAUCAGUUGCUUAUAAAAUUUUUCAUCACUAAUCAUUAAUUUUAUUUAAGUUGAUUCCUUUUGACUUUCCAUACAUACUAUAUUGAGAUUUUUGUUUCAGAUUAUUGUUUGCCAUACUCAAAAUCCUUGAUAUUGCAAUUGCGUAUUAUUCUGUGUUUUCAUACGUUCAUCUGUGAUAUUCACUUAACUUUUCAUAUCAGCUUUAUCGAAAUUUUCAAACAACCAACUCUUCCACAGAUUUUUGAGU